AUGGACAAAAUACAAUUCCUCGGCAACGAGGCCAUUCAUCAGUUAUUGAUAAAUCUCACGAAAGAUGAGGCAAUCACAUUCCGGAAUGUUAUCGAGAAAACUUUCGAAGACUUUUCUGUCGCUGGCGAGCGUCAGUAUCAGCCCGAUCCUACCUCCGCUACUCGGCCCAAUGGCCAACGGACACUUUUUCGCCCUUUCACAUCGGAUUUGAGGGUCGGUGCUAAGAUUGUCAUCGAGGCGGGCACUGGACCCGACGGCAAGAAAAUACCUCUGCACGGUGUCCUAAUCCUCAUCGACGGACAGGGCAACCCCACCGGCGUGCUAAGCGCCGAGGAAGUGACUGGCUACCGGACAUCCAUGAACGCAAUGGUGCCCUUCUCUUGGCGGAACCACGUUGACAAUAUUGUUAUCUUUGGCGGUAGAAUGCAGGCUUUGUGGCAUACACGUCUGAUACUGACCCUGAGAGGAUCCGAAGUUAAGACCAUCACCUUUGUGAAUCCUUCUAAGGAUCGGGUCGAUAAGCUUAUUGAAACGGUCUUGCAAGAGAACGAAGCUCGUUGGAAAUCCAAGUGUACUUUUCACUUCAUCGAUACCACUGCUUCGGAUUAUCAGGAACAAGUCAAGAAACGCCUAAGUGACACCGACUGCGUCUUCUGCACCACUCCUUCUCGGAAGCCUUUAUUUCCUGCCAAUUAUUUGACUGAGCGGCGUCACUCCAUCCGUCAACCGUUUGUCUCUGCCAUUGGGUCCUGGCAGUCGGACAUGAUUGAGUUGGAUCCCGCAUUGCUACACUAUGCCAUAACCGCCGAGGGUGUGUAUAACCCUUGUAGUGGUGAGGGCAAGGGAGUAUUGCUUGUCGACGACCUGCAGUUUGCUCUUGAGAAUUCUGGAGAGAUUGUUCAGAGCAAACUCACGGCGAACGAUCUAGUUGAGCUCGGCCAAAUAAUCGCUUUGAUGAGCGGCAAGAUAAAACCUCUGAAUGACCAGCAAGUUCUGCAGACAAAUCAAUUUGUCUCCCAAGGCUUUGUGGUGUACAAAAGCGUUGGUGUGAGUCUCACGGACUUGACAACAGCCAAUGCCAUUUUGGCGCUUAACGAGAAGAAGAACUGUAGUUUGUGA